AUGAAGGUCCUCAUCCUCGCCUGCCUGGUGGCCCUUGCUCUUGCUAAGGAGACUGUAGAAAGCCUGUCAAAUAGUGAGGAAUCUAUUUCACACAUCAACAAGAAACCUGAGAAGUCUGAACAAGAGAAACAGCAGCAAAGAGAGGAUGAACGCCAGGAUAAAACCCAACCCUUUGUUCAGCCACAGCCUCUAGUCUAUCCUUAUGCUGAGCCCAUCCCUUACGCUAUCCUUCCACAAAAUGUCCUUCCCCUUGCUCAGCCAGCUGUGGUGCUGCCUUACCUUCAGCCUGAAAUAAUGGAAGUUCUCAAAGCUAAGGAGACCACCUUUCCUAAGCGCAAAGUUAUGCCAUUUUUUGAACGUCAAAUCCCAAAUCUCCCUCAUGUCAAAACCCCACACUUUCCUUUGCCUCUGCUCCAGCCCGUGAUGCACCAGGUCCCCCAGCCUGUUUUCCAGGCCCCCAUGCUUCCUACUCAGCCCCUGCUCCCCUUCACUCAGCCCAAAGUCCAGCCUCUUCCCCAGCAAAUGAUGGCUUACCCCCAGGGAGAUAUACCCGCCCAAGCCCUUCAGUACCAAGAGACUCUGCUUGACCCUGCCCACCAGUUCUACCCUGUGGCUCAACCACUUGCCCCAGUUUUCAACUUACAACAA